UGCAGAGGCCACUGAGGCGCUGGCUGGGUGGCCUGUGGGCCGCGUUGGCCUUGAGCAGCCUCUUCGCGUGGCCCCGCAGUCCCCGGUCAGCGGCGGGUCGCCCCGCUCAGCCGGCCAGUGAACUGCGGCCAGCACACCCCGGUGCAGCGGCGGCGACAGCGGACAGGUUAGAGUGGGGGCAGGGACGAGCGCGGUAGCAGCCCGGGGCCAAAGAGAGAGCCUGAGCCAGGCCAUCUCCAGUCAUGUCCGACGAGGCGUCGGCCACCACUUCGUAUGAGAAGUUUCUAACCCCCGAGGAGCCCUUCCCGCUCCUGGGACCCCCUCGCGGGGUGGGCACCUGCCUGAGCGAGGAGCCGGGCUGCCUGGACAUCAGCGACUUCGGUUGCCAGCUGUCCUCCUGCCAUCGCACCGACCCACUCCACCGCUUCCACACCAACAGGUGGAACUUGACUUCUUGUGGAACAAGCGUUGCCAGCUCAGAAUGCAGUGAGGAGCUGUUUUCAUCAGUUUCUGUUGGAGAUCAAGACGAUUGCUAUUCCCUGUUAGAUGAUCAAGACUUCACUUCUUUUGAUUUAUUCCCUGAAGGGAGUGUCUGCAGCGAUGUCUCCUCAUCUAUUAGCACUUAUUGGGACUGGUCAGAUAGUGAGUUUGAAUGGCAGUUACCAGGCAGUGACAUUGCCAGUGGGAGUGAUGUGCUUUCUGAUGUCAUACCCAGUAUUCCAAGUUCACCUUGCCUGCUUCCAAAAAAGAAAAACAAACACCGGAAUUUAGAUGAACUUCCUUGGAGUGCAAUGACAAAUGAUGAGCAGGUGGAAUAUAUUGAGUAUCUGAGUCGUAAAGUCAGUACUGAGAUGGGUCUUCGGGAGCAACUUGAUAUUAUUAAAAUCAUUGAUCCUUCUGCUCAAAUCUCCCCUACAGACAGUGAGUUUAUUAUUGAACUUAACUGUCUCACAGAUGAAAAACUGAAGCAGGUCAGAAACUAUAUCAAGGAGCAUAGCCCUCGCCAACGGCCUGCAAGAGAGGCCUGGAAGAGAAGCAACUUUAGUUGUGCAAGCACCAGUGGAGUGAGCGGUGCCAGUGCCAGUGCCAGCAGCAGCAGUGCCAGCAUGGUCAGUUCUGCAAGCAGCAGUGGGUCCAGUGUUGGAAACUCUGCUUCAAACUCCAGUGCCAACAUGAGUCGAGCACACAGUGACAGCAACCUGUCUGCAAGUGCAGCAGAGCGGAUUCGGGAUUCAAAAAAGCGUUCCAAGCAGCGAAAGUUACAGCAGAAGGCCUUACGCAAGAGGCAGCUGAAAGAGCAGAGGCAGGCUCGGAAGGAGAGGCUCAGCGGGCUCUUCCUUAAUGAAGAAGUGCUGUCCUUGAAAGUGACUGAGGAAGACCACGAAGCAGAUGUAGAUGUUUUGAUGUAAUAAGGGUGAAUUUAUCAGUGUUCUUAAGCAUUAUUCUAUCCUUAUUUGUUUACAUGCAUCUUGACCAAAUUUUUGAUUAGGGCUGUGCUGAUGUACCAUUAAUAAUUUAGGUCGGUGGUUCUCAGCGUGUGGUCUCCAGGUCAGCAGCACCAGGAUCACCUGGGUACUGGUAAGAAAUGCAGAUUCUUAGCUCCACCCCAAACCUUGUGGGGAAUGGGCCCAGCGUGGUGGUUUAACAAGUGUUCCAGGUGAUUCUGAUACACAUUCUAAUUUAAGAACCACUAUUAGGUAAAUAUUUUGGCUGUUGAAACUGUGUAGUAGUUUAGUGGGCUUUUUUCAAAGACUAGUACUUUUACAAUUUAGAACAUUUCAAGGUACUGCUGACAAGUAAUUUAUGUCAGUAUACAUACAUGUGUAGAGAUCCUACGUAAUUCAGUUCCCUUCUUAAUGUUACAAUUUCCUUUUGGUAGUAUUAGUUUACUUUUUCCAAAGGGCCAUAGCAUGAUUCUCAGUUCCUAGUGGAAACCUUUUUUCGAAGUGGGUAAUAUGGGUUGCUGUUUACAAUAGUGCCUUCGUUGGUUUAGUUCUAUUUUCAUGUAGUAUUAACUCAAAGGUAUCAGAACAGGCCCUAGUGUUUUCUCCUGUUAGAUUUGUUUUUGUGUUACAUUUUAUGUAAAUUCAGAAUUCUUUCUUAAGUGAUGACUACUGAGGAAAUAAUGUUAUUAGUAGCCGCAUUUUAGAUUUGAUGCUAUGUGAUUAAUAUUCGGUGGAGAAAGCAAUCAGGCAAAACAACCCAUUCUGUUUUUCCAUGGCUUUCUGAAAUUUUAGGCUGUAAAACUGUCUCAGGCAGAAUUUUCUCUUAAGUUCUCCUAGUUGGCCUUUUUUUUUGUUGUUGUUCAGCACAGCUCUAAUUUUAAAAUAUUUGGUGUAAUAACAGCUCUGGCAUGUGAACAAGUUCAUAUUCAAAAGUAACUGAUAAAAACCCUUAAAAUUCUGUUAAACUUCUCUAUAAAUUGCUGGAAAUAGACCAAGCAGUAAGAUAUAGAAAACACUUGUUGGUUAUUAAUAGAACUCUAAUUUUAAGUGUAAAAAUCAUGGCAUUUCUUUAAAUGUUUUCCUAGGGAGUUUGUUAUAAUGAGUAUUAGAAAUAGCGUGUAUCCUUUUCUUCUACUAACAUCUUUGAAUGUUCACUUGGGUUAAAGACGGAAACUGAUACUACUGACAAUCAAGCUGCUUUCUGAUUUUCCUAAUUUUUUGUUUUUAUUGUGGAUAACCUUUUGGGGGGUGAUAAUGAUUCUGUAGUAGGAGGAGUUGUAAUCAGUAUUUUUUUUUUUAACUCUAGAGCACAGAGGUUAAUAGGAUUUCAGCUUUUUCUUUACUUUUUGUUCUGUCAAGUAGCUCGUUAAGAAGAAGAUUAAAAGCUAAAUUCUCAAUUCUCAGUUGAUAGAAAAACUUCACUUACAAUCAUGUUUUUGAAAUUUUGAUUUCAUCUUGGUUCUUUGAAAGCCAAAUAAUGGAAACUGAGGAUAAAAAUUAAUGUUACAGCUUUGCUGAGGUCUGUGGUAUGGUUGUAACAUUUUGAAGACUACUAAAUGCAUAUUUUAAAGUAUUACUAAGGUAAAAGCAUAUAUGUGUGUAUAGCUUUCAGUUUGAGUAGUUCUUCUGACUUUGCCUCCUGCCCUGUUUGGUGCUCCUAACCAGCUUAGAGGGCCCAAAGAAAGUUUGGAGCUAGACUCCACAAUACCCUGAGGAAGGAUCAUGUUUUCCCUUCCAAAUACAGAAAGAGUAAAUGGAGAGAAGAGUAAAUUACCUACCUGCUCUUAGCAAAAGCAAAAUCUCAGAGAAUGAUUGGUUAGUCUCUUUACCUACUCUUUAAGGAAAAUAGGCCAGUUUUGAAUACCAUCCCCUGUUGCCGCCCAGUCAAUUCCAACCCUGUAGCGACCCUAUAGGACAGAGUGGAACUGUCCCAUAGGGUUUCCAAGGAGUGGCUGGCUGAUGGAUUUGAACUGCGACCUUUUGGUUAGCAGUAGUAGCUCUUAACCAUUGAGCCACCAGGGCUCCUUGGAACACCAUAGAGUAGCAUUUGUCUGUUGAAUACUUGGAAGCAACUUACUUGCGUGACCAGUAGAAGAAUAUUCUGUACAGGCUUGUGAUGUAAUAAGACCAGUUCUUCUACUCUCUCACAACAAUCAUGUAGUCUUACUACCUUAGAUUUAAUUUCAGUCACUGUUAAACAAGCUUACCAAAGCGCCACAAAACCCAUGUUAAGUUUAUAGAGGUUUGAGUGUUUGUAGACAUGUGCCAUGAGAUUUUGUGUAAAUCUCUAUGCACUCUGUCUUUAUGGUACUAUAAAUUAGAGACAGCCCAUAAAUUUGAUUUGGAGGAGAUUAAACAUACUUCCUUCGAUUAAAAGAAAAAAAUUAAAUGACUUGGGUUUGCUUAUGAUCCAAGAGGGAGAUAGAAAAGUCUUUCUCCACUCCCCCUCCCCAAUGCAGAAAAAUACAUAAACAAAAAACUCUUUUGUUCUUUGCUCUUGUGUUAUACUUUUUUUGGUUUUCUUGCUCAUGUAGUAGCUUUGAAUUAUCUCUUUGUUGGAAUAAAUAAUACCUCUGAGUUCAAUUUAAAACAAAUCCAACUCACUGUUUUUCUUUUAAAAUAUAAAUCCUAACUAACCAUUCCAAAGUAAAAAUAAAAAGCAAGACUUAUUUGAUCCAGUGUCAAUUUUCAUCUCUGGAGAAUUGACACUGGAACAAAUAAGUCUCGCCUUUAAAAAUAAACCUUGUUAACUGAGGGCCUGAUAAAGUCCUCACAGAUUUAUCCAGAAGCGUUUUAUUAGAGAUUUUGUAGUAUUCUGUUCAGUACUCCCCACAGCUUUUAAAAUUAUGAACCUUGAGUUAAACAAAAUGGCCUGUAGUUUUCUGUAGUUUUGCAAGUAAAAGUAUGGCAACGCACUAUAAUGUGUAGUGGGGUGUAAAGGGUCAGUUCACUCUGUCUUAACAGAAACUCAGAGGAAAAGAACACUUUUUUUUUUAAUGAGACUUGUCUCAUUUUUGGUUAGGCUAUGAAAGUUUUGUCAAGUUCCUCAGUCCUUUGGGUAAAACAGACAUUGCUGAAUUCAUCCCAGACUUCUAAUUAAAUGACUCUUUAUAGAUUGGGUGGACAUCUCAUUUUACUCAACUUUUAAAAGUGCUGAGUCCCCUUAUAAAGAAAAAAUUGCAGGAAACUACUGUAUAAAGAAAGGUAUCCUGAUUCUGAUGAGCUUUAAAAAUUGUGAACUGUAUCAAAUGUCUUUGCAUUUAAGCCAAAAAAGUUAGUCCACGACCAGUAAAGAAGUCUAGUUUGUCUCCCGGUUCUCUAGCAGAGACUUUUGUUCGUGGCUUUCUCUGUAUAGCCUCAUGUGCCUUAAAGGUGAACUCUGUACUUUCUGUCAAUAUCAGGCUUUUCUAAACUCAAAAACAAUCUAAAUGUAAUUUGUUUUAUAAAACACCCAUGGUCUUGGAUACCAGUGAGCAAAGCCUUUAAAUUGAGCCAAUCAAUGGUUAUAGAAUAUAAAACUAAACAAAAACCUUCAGAUCUUACAAUUUCAUUUGCAUAAUUUUACUUUUGGCCCCGCUAGGUCAUUGCACAUUGAAAGUGAGCUAAAGUAUGCUUUAAUGUAUUCCCCACCCCCCCCAAAAAAAGUCAUAGGCAAGAAACUUUUUUAAACCAGAUAACUUUUAGUACCUGGAAGAAUAAUUUUCAAGGUGUGGGCAAAAGCUUCUCCGAGAACAGAGAUUAUCUAGCAAGUUGGUUCUCUUGCCAACUUGAGGGGUUCUCUGCAUUGAUUUGUGUCAUAGCUGGAACAAUUCCCUCCCCACUUUCCCUUUAACAAAUUACCUUUUAAUACUUCUAUCCUCAAGAAAAAUGUCUGUCUGGAAUCGGGAGGGGGUUACUUAAAGUUAGUUUAUAGUUUGGAACAGUAGUAUUCAAAUAAUAGUGUUCGCGUUGAGCACACUGACAUUCAGCGUGUCUAAAUUUAGAGGUAAAUUUAAUCCUUAAAGGAACUAUUAGUUAGAAAUUCAGUAUUUGCGUGCACAGGCACUGUAGUAAUUUUGGAUUCAUUUUAAGCCUGGCUUCUAAUUUUAUCUUUAAAAUAAAAUUAUGCCAAGUGGGUGAGCACCGUCUGUGAGCUAUUUGGACGUAGGCAUCUCUGUCAGCAGAACAUAACUCCUUAGAAUGCUUAGUUUUUAUUCCUUUGGAAAGUAAUUUACUUAUUACAAAAGGCUUAGCAGGAAUGCUGGAAGUUCUUCUAACUAGCUGUUAAGAGUAAGAAAGUCGCAUGGUAUAGCUAAAGAUCUGUUAAUUCAUUAAAAUGUUCUCCUUUUUUUUCCUAAUAUUAAAACUAUUUGUUCUUAGCCCCUCCCCCAAUUAUAUUUCAAAUUAAGGUUCUUAAUCUUUUAACCUAGAUCACAUGAUGAUACAUUUUAUUUUUAUUUGACAUUCAUACUCAGAAAAACUGUUUUUUUUUUGUUUUUUUCCUGAAUUCAACGUGUGGUACUUUUUAUUGUCAAAUUGAUUUAUUAUAUCUUUGUGGUCAAUGGAACCUGUGGAAAUCUGUGUUCUUUUUUGUGGUGAGGGAUGGGGUGGGAAAGGGGAAAAUUGGUCUACUUGUGCAUAUACGUUUUGACUAUUUAAAGGUAGUUGUAGAAUUAAUGUGUAGAAAUGCCAAGUUAACACUUACUAUUCUGAAUUGUUCUAAGGAACAGUGGCCUGAAGCCAUGACUUGUUUGGCGGAGCUGCUUGCUCCUUAAUAGUAGCUGAUCUCCUGGAUUUAAGUUGAAACUUGGGUUAGAUUAUGUAGCUGAGGCUUUUAGGAACAGAGAAGACAAUGUCUAUUCCUUUAGUGGAUCAAUUUAAUUUCUUAUUUGGCUCUUCUAUUUUAGGUAUAAGUAUUAUCCAUUCUGUAUCUUCAGGUUGGAGAUUUAAUAGGACUGUCGUAAAAAGCUAUUAAAGAUAAACACAAGUAUAUGUAAAACAUUUCACAGAUGGUUAAAAAUUUCAAUUUUUUUUUUUGGUUACAAAUGUUAGUUAUGUAGCAUCAAUAUCAUAACCAAAGCAAGUAGGAAGCUGACUGGUUUGGAGAAUCUUCAAGUAGUCUUAAAUACUGUAAUGUAUCAGAUUGUUAACCAGGAUUUUUUUCCUGUAUUUCUGCUAAAUGUAUUACUAUAUUAAUGCACUUUGUAUAUAUAACUGUCUUCUGUACAUUCUGUACUUACUGCCAUGUAUAUAAAAGCUGUUUUUCUUGAAGCUGUGAGGGAAUAACAAUAGCUGUCACACAGUAGUUUGUAUCUUGAGUUCCUUCUGUACUUGAAAGUAGUUUAGUAGUUAAAUCUAAAUGAGUAUGUAUGGUUGUAAUUAAAACUGGCAAUGUGGCAGAGCUGUGUUUUGAAACUGAAUAUCAGAAUGAAAAGUGUUGUUUUGGUUA